AUGGUUGUAUUAGUCACAUCAGACAAUGAAGAAUUCAAAGUCGACCGGGAAGUCGCGAUCCGUAGUGUUUUGAUCAAAAACAUGAUUGAGGAUGUUGGAGAAUCGGACAACCCCAUUCCUCUACCCAACGUAUCCGCUAGCGUACUCAAGAAGGUCAUUGAGUGGUGCGAACAUCACAAAAAGGACCCCGAGCCUUCUGCCGAAGACCCAGACGAUGCCCGAAAGCGAGCUACCGAGAUCGGUGAAUGGGACACCAAAUUCAUUGCUGUUGACCAAGAGAUGCUCUUUGAGAUCAUCUUGGCGGCCAACUACUUGGACAUCAAACCUCUUUUAGAUGUCGGUUGCAAAUCUGUUGCCAACAUGAUCAAAGGCAAGCAGCCUGAGGAGAUCCGUAAACUGUUCAACAUUGUGAAUGACUUCACCCCUGAGGAAGAGGCACAAAUCAAAAAGGAAAACGAAUGGGCAGAGGCAAGAUCGUUAAAGGGCUGUCUUUGUAAAGAAAUGUUUCUAGUAUAA